CGCCCGGGGCGAAGGGCAGCAGGCAGGCAGGCAGGCAGGCAGGCAGUCGGUUACAUAAAGGGCAGAGGCGGACGGAGAGACCCGCUUGCACCGCCAUGUCCUUCUGCACCUUCUCCGGGGGAGAGGUCUAUCAGAACCACUUCGAGGCCGGAAUGUACGUUUGCUCCAAAUGCGGCUUUGAGCUUUUCUCCAGCAAAUCCAAAUAUGCCCAUUCCUCUCCUUGGCCAGCGUUCACCGAAACCAUCCACGAUGACAGCGUCACCAAGUACUUAGAACGCCCCAAUGCCUUCAAAGUCUUGUGUGGCAAGUGCGGCAAUGGUUUGGGCCAUGAGUUUAUUAAUGACGGACCCAAGAAGGGCCAGUCCCGCUUCUGAAUAUUCAGCAGCUCUCUCAAAUUUGUCCCUAAAGACAAGGUUGAGAAGAGCUUGAGGAAGUAAACCGGUUUGGCUUCUGUUCCCUCCCCAAUGUCUGUGUGUUUCAGGGGACCCAUCCGUCCUAUUCCCAUCCAACCCACUGAGACCCUUCAACGUGGCCCAUCAUCCCCAAGCAGAAGUUGAAAAGAAGGGUGGAUAAAUGAAGUCGCUUUCCAUGCAUUGUAAUA